UCAACAUAUCCUGCAAAUGAAGGGCAGCAUAAGGUCAUGAAUCCUCAUUUGCUCAUGUAUGGUCCUGUUUUCACGGUUGGUCAAAGUCGUAGCUGCAACUUGUACUUGAAGGAUUCAUUUGUGAGUUCAGUUCUUUGUCGACUGAAGUUUGUACAGCGGGAGGAAGGAUACACCAGUAUAUUGGAAAAUGCAGGAGCUAAAGGAUCCAUUGAAGUCAACGGAAAGCCUGUCAAAAAGAACUCAGAUGUCAUCCUUUGGGCUGGGGAUGAGCUGGUGUUUAGUUCAUCUGGCAACCAUUCUUAUGUAUCCUUUACUUGCUACUGGAACACACUGUUGCUUACUAAACUUAAGAUUUGGUUCUAUGGGACUUCAUGGUGCUCUCUGCCUCUCUCUAUCAUUAACUUGGUACUGGACAUGUGUCUCUGUCUAACAAACUAGUCAUAGUAGCAGAACAUUUUGCAUAUCUUAUCAAAAUUUUAUUUUGUUUUUCUUUUCGCCACACAUCUGUUUAUUGAUAGAAAUACAUGUGUAUGCAGUAUGCACAAAAUAGUCUGAUCUUUGGGUUAUAAUUUUAUGUAGUUAGCUCUGAAGUAGCUGAAUUCUAAGGUUCUUUCUUCUAGGCCGCUGCAUUAUAUGAUAUGGAGGCGUAUUGUACGAUACAUAUCAUAUAGGUUGGCAACUUGGCUGAAUAUAUAUCAUACACAUUUUUCAUAUGUGUCGUAUAUGUUUUGACCAUAUCUUGCCUUGUCUUAUGAUACGGUGCAAUUUUUAAAAAAGGGGCACGAUGCACCUUUUGAUUGAUUUUUUUUUUUAAAACUGCAUCUUCUCCAUUUCUGACACAUUUGAGAGCUUUGGGAGAGAGUUUUGCUGGUUUUGGAGAGAAAUUGCCAAAUAAAUCAUCAAUUUGAGGGAGAAAGUGUGAUUUUAGAGGAAGAUUUGCUCAUGGGA